AUGACCGCCGUUCUGACCGAGACUCCCGUUCCACAGGUGCGAGCCUCUGUGCGAUACAGUACCUACAGCAUGGCGCCCUCCUUUGCGAACACCGUCCAGACCACCGACUCGGCUCACGCUGAGAUCGCCGACAUCGCGACCGGCCUCGACCGCAUGGAGAACAAGGCUCUCAGCUCCCAAAGAGUCACCCUGAGCGAGGAGAAGACGGCCAACAUGAGCAAGCUGGCCCUCGGCGCCAAGUUGGAGCGUGCGCUGGACCGGAGAAUGAGCAGCCAGGACGCCGUCAUGCGCCCCCGCGGCAAGACCUUGACCGAGAAGACCACUGCUGCAUAA